AUGACCAAUAACUCGCACUGUAUUGAAGUCCCAGCACUGCCAGGCCCCAGACCAGUGCUCCAGAACCCCAUCCCAGUCCAGUGCUCCAGAACCCCAUCCCAGCAGUCCAGUGCUCCAGAACCCCAUCCCAGCAGUCCAGUGCUCCAGAACCCCAUCCCAGACCAGUGCUCCAGAACCCCAUCCCAGCAGUCCAGUGCUCCAGAACCCCAUCCCAGUCCAGUGCUCCAGAACCCCAUCCCAGACCAGUGCUCCAGAACCCCAUCCCAGACCAGUGCUCCAGAACCCCAUCCCAGACCAGUGCUCCAGAACCCCAUCCCAGACCAGUGCUCCAGAACCCCAUCCCAGACCCCAUCCCAGACCAGUGCUCCAGAACCCCAUCCCAGACCAGUGCUCCAGAACCCCAUCCCAGACCAGUGCUCCAGAACCCCAUCCCAGUCCAGUGCUCCAGAACCCCAUCCCAGUCCAGUGCUCCAGAACCCCAUCCCAGUCCAGUGCUCCAGAACCCCAUCCCGGGCCAGUGCUCCAGAACCCCAUCCCGGGCCAGUGCUCCAGAACCCCAUCCCAGACCAGUGCUCCAGAACCCCAUCCCAGUCCAGUGCUCCAGAACCCCAUCCCAGUCCAGUGCUCCAGAACCCCAUCCCAGUCCAGUGCUCCAGAAUCCCAUCCCAGACCAGUGCUCCAGAAUCCCAUCCCAGACCAGUGCUCCAGAACCCCAUCCCAGACCAGUGCUCCAGAACCCCAUCCCAGACCAGUGCUCCAGAACCCCAUCCCAGACCAGUGCUCCAGAACCCCAUCCCAGACCAGUGCUCCAGAACCCCAUCCCAGACCAGUGCUCCAGAACCCCAUCCCAGACCAGUGCUCCAGAACCCCAUCCCAGACCAGUGCUCCAGAACCCCAUCCCAGUCCAGUGCUCCAGAACCCCAUCCCAGUCCAGUGCUCCAGAACCCCAUCCCAGUCCAGUGCUCCAGAACCCCAUCCCAGUCCAGUGCUCCAGAACCCCAUCCCGGGCCAGUGCUCCAGAACCCCAUCCCAGUCCAGUGCUCCAGAACCCCAUCCCAGACCAGUGCUCCAGAACCCCAUCCCAGUCCAGUGCUCCAGAACCCCAUCCCAGUCCAGUGCUCCAGAACCCCAUCCCAGUCCAAUGCUCCAGAACCCCAUCCCAGUCCAGUGCUCCAGAAUCCCAUCCCAGACCAGUGCUCCAGAACCCCAUCCCAGUCCAAUGCUCCAGAACCCCAUCCCAGUCCAGUGCUCCAGAACCCCAUCCCAGUCCAGUGCUCCAGAACCCCAUCCCAGUCCAGUGCUCCAGAACCCCAUCCCAGUCCAGUGCUCCAGAAUCCCAGACCAGACCAGUGCUCCAGAACCCCAGACCAGUGCUCCAGAACCCCAGACCAGUGCUCCAGAACCCCAUCCCAGUCCAGUGCUCCAGAAUCCCAGACCAGACCAGUGCUCCAGAACCCCAUCCCAGACCAGUGCUCCAGAACCCCAUCCCAGACCAGUGCUCCAGAACCCCAUCCCAGACCAGUGCUCCAGAACCCCAUCCCAGUCCAGUGCUCCAGAACCCCAUCCCAGUCCAGAGUAAACACAUUGUUUAUCAUCCGUAUGGAACAUCAGAGGAGACACAGGUAGCCUACACACAUCCCCUCUCCCUGUCUGGAACACGAUUACCCUCCCAAAUCCCAGGUAGUCUACACACAUCCCCUCUCCCUGUCUGGAACACGAUUUCCCUCCCAAAUCCCAGGUAGCCUACACACAUCCCCUCUCCCUGUCUGGAACACGAUUUCCCUCCCAAAUCCCAGGUAGCCUACACACAUCCCCUCUCCCUGUCUGGAACACGAUUUCCCUCCCAAAUCCCAGGUAGCCUACACACAUCCCCUCUCCCUGUCUGGAACACGAUUUCCCUCCCAAAUCCCAGGUAGCCUACACACAUCCCCUCUCCCUGUCUGGAACACGAUUUCCCUCCCAAAUCCCAGGUAGCCUACACACAUCCCCUCUCCCUGUCUGGAACACGAUUUCCCUCCCAAAUCCCAGGUAGCCUACACACAUCCCCUCUCCCUGUCUGGAACACGAUUUCCCUCCCAAAUCCCAGGUAGCCUACACACAUCCCCUCUCCCUGUCUGGAACACGAUUUCCCUCCCAAAUCCCAGGUAGCCUACACACAUCCCCUCUCCCUGUCUGGAACACGAUUUCCCUCCCAAAUCCCAGGUAGCCUACACACAUCCCCUCUCCCUGUCUGGAACACGAUUUCCCUCCCAAAUCCCAGGUAGCCUACACACAUCCCCUCUACCUGUCUGGAACACGAUUUCCCUCCCAAAUCCCAGGUAGCCUACACACAUCCCCUCUCCCUGUCUGGAACACGAUUUCCCUCCCAAAUCCCAGGUAGCCUACACACAUCCCCUCUCCCUGUCUGGAACACGAUUUCCCUCCCAAAUCCCAGGUGACUGAGAUAUGAUUCCUCCUUUCUUCUCCUUCCCUCUCUUUUUGAUAUUUUACACAUCCCUGCUCAUCGAUUAGAUGGGUUACACAGGAAGAAUGAGGGAGGCAAAGACGUGGAGUCUUUGAGCGGGAGGGAAAGAGAGACUGUGAGAGGUAUCGUUAGUGUUGAUCUCCGUUCCCGAGAGUCCCCUCAGAUCGAUUACCUGGUCAUCAGACUUGUAAUGUUCAGUGUGUGCAAACCAAUCCUCCUCCUCUGAUCCCUCCAUGCAACCAACACACUCAGGAGUCCAGACCAGACGCAGGGCGUAAGUAACAACCAACACACUCAGGAGUCCAGACCGGACGCAGGGUGUAAGCAACAACCAACACACUCAGGAGUCCAGACCGGACGCAACAACCAACACACUCAGGAGUCCAGACCGGACGCAGGGCGUAAGCAACAACCAACACACUCAGGAGUCCAGACCGGACGCAACAACCAACACACUCAGGAGUCCAGACCGGACGCAGGGCGUAAGCAACAACCAACACACUCAGGAGUCCAGACCGGACGCAGAGCGCAAGCAACAGCAACACACUCAGGAGUCCAGACCGGACGCAGGGCGUAAGCAACAACCAACACACUCAGGAGUCCAGACCGGACGCAGGGCGUAAGCAACAACCAACACACUCAGGAGUCCAGACCGGACGCAGAGCGCAAGCAACAGCAACAGCGAUGCAGUGCCUUAGAGCGCUGCGCCACUUGGAGACCCGUGCCUGUCCUAACAGUGCCUGUCCUGACUGGAGUAGCCUACGUUCUGCACCUUCUCCCCAACCCCAUUCAGAGAUCAAUGUUCAACAGCAGCUUACCUCUUAGCCUGCUCGUUCUCAUUUAACUCCACUAACUUUUGUAAUUGUGUAGUUUUAAUUUCAUCUUGCAUUGCAUUAGUGAACUCUUAUUUCACUUGCUACACAUGGAGUCUAUUUUAUGGGUGGUUUAACCCACUGUUCCCCGGUUAACCCCCUGUUCCCCGGUAGGCUGUUUUAUGGGUGGUUUAACCCACUGUUCCCCAGUAGGCCCUCAUUGUAAAUAAGAAUGUGUUCUUAACCCACUGUUCCCCGGUAGGCUGUCAUUGUAAAUAAGAAUUUGUUCUUAACUGACUUGCCUAGUUAAAUAAAACAAAUAUUUUGAAAAUCCCUCA